AUGUCACGCAACAGGACCCAUCUCAUGUGUCCUUUUUGCAAGACAACUCACUACAGUCUCCCUGAGCACCUCAGGAAAUGCAUGAAUGGUCGCCCACCUGCAGAGCAGAAGAGCGUUCUUGGAGAGGCUAAGAAGAAUGCUCAUAGGCUGCUUAAAGAAGGGCGUCGCAUUGAAUACGGCAUCAUCAGGAGAAUUCUGGACAGCGAUGACCCGGAAGAAAAUUUGAUUCAGGAGUUGGAGACGCGAGGAAUUGUUGUUUAUAACAUCCCUCCACACCUCCCAGAUUCAGCUGCCUCUGCAGCCCCUUCUGUAGCACCUUCUGCAGAGCCAGAUGAAUCAGAUUUUCCUCCUAUCAAACCUGAACCAGACAGCUCUGGGGAAUACUUCCAAGAGUCCACGUCUGCAACACAGAAGACUUCCUUGAGGGAGAAAAUGGCCUCAGCAGGCUUAUAUUUUAAGCAUUCCACAGCACAUCCACUGCUGAAAAGUUUUGCUCACUACUUGGAAGUGGACUUGGAAAAUGACAAUUUCACACAGGAGGUGGAGAAUGUGGCAAGGUUCAUGUAUUUUAUGGACCCCAAACAGCCAAGCCUCCUGUUUGUCCAUCAGACGGAACGGACCAGGGAGUAUUUUAAUACUCUCUCUGAAGUUGGCCUCAGUAAGCAGACUGUGCAUAACUACAUCAAGAGCGUUAAACGGUAA